UCUUCUGUGAAUGAACCCAUUGAAAAUUUAAUCUUUCCAUUAGUCCAAGUACCCUAAAAAUAUAAAUCAAAAAAAAAAAAUCCUUUUAAAAAUCUCCCUGUUAAGUGAUGAUAAAUAAAUUCACCAGAAGACCAGGCAAAAUCACAAUAAUAAUAUUAAACCUAGGGGUAUAAAUAAUUCAACGUUAUAUAGCUUGUCUAAGGAUUCGUACAAUUAAUAAAAUUAGCUGUCUUAUCAAAUUAUGUUGGGAUCAUGAAUGAUUAAGUACCAUAAACGAAAGGGUACUGAAUUGAGAGUUUAUAAAAUUAAGUAUUCUAAAAUAAAUAUCGCUAUUCGAUUCUCCAUUAAGUAUUGACAAG